GAAAAGCACCGAAUCAGGAGCCACGUCCUGGCGGCGUUGUAAACAAGAUGGACAAGGAGAUGGAGAGAAGGGUUUAGCUGUACGGCUCGAGCUUAAGAAUGAAGGUCAAAAUAAAGCAGUGGAACGGCGUGGCGUCCUGGUUAUGGGUGGCCAACGACGAGAGCUGUGGCAUUUGCAGAGCUCCUUUCAACGGCUGCUGUCCUGAAUGUAAAGUCCCCGGAGAUGACUGUCCUCUGGUUUGGGGCCAGUGCUCGCACUGUUUUCACAUGCACUGCAUCCUGAAGUGGCUGAAUUCACAGCAGGUGCAGCAGCAGUGCCCAAUGUGUCGUCAGGAGUGGAAGUUCAAAGAGGGGGACACAUCAUGAGGUGAUGAAAUGAAAUAAACUAUUGCCAUAUCAAA